AUAAAAUCCUCAAAAAAUCGGUACAAGUGUAUAGAAAAAUAUCCGUUACUUAAUUCGUGAAUAUACAGUGUUGAUAAGAAUAUUUGGAAGGCUUCACUUAGUGAAUUUUUAUGGGAAACUGUCCCGAAUUGAUUCCCCGAGCUAGAUUCUCGCUUUUUUUUGGAGAAUAAAAUAGUUUUAAUAACGUCCAAAAAUCGGUAAAAGUGUAUAGAAAAAUAUCCGUUACUUAAUUCGUGACUACAAAGUGUCGAUAAGAGUACUUCGAAAGCUUUACUAGGUGAUUUUUUAUGGGAAACUCUCCCGAGUGUUAAUAAUGAGUGCGGACGACGUCGAUGUGUCUGUCAUCAUACCCAUCCACAAUGCUGGCCAAUGGCUGGACGAGUGCCUGGAAUCCCUUUUCCAGCAGCAGCAUACCCUCAAUGUAGAAGUGUCUCUCUUCCUGGAUUCAUGCACGGACAACUCGAAGACCAUCGUGGAAGACUGCUGGACUUCCAGGCUGAAAGACAUAGGCUACAUCGUCACCGUAAGCAAGGAAGACAAUGGUACCCCAAAAGGAGUCGGAUAUGCCAAGAAUAGAGCUGUGGAACAAAGUCGUGGGAAAUACCUUUGCUUUUUGGAUUCUGAUGACACCAUGCUGCCUCAGAGGAUACAAAAACAGUACGAAUUAGCGUAUUUAAAUACCAAUGCAAUUGUCGGGUGUAGAUUCAAGCGUGACCCACCAGAUUCCACUGUGAGGUACACAAAAUGGGCAAAUGAACUGAGCGAGACACAGCUGAAUAUUCAAGUGUAUACUUCACAUGGUCCUACUGUCAUCAUGCCAACUUGGUUUUGUCACAGGAAUGUUUUUGACAGCGUUGGUGGAUUUAGUGAAGCAGGGAAAGGAACUCCAGAGGAUCUAAUAUUUUUCUAUAAACACAUAGGCAGUGGUGGGAAAAUAAUCAGGCAUGAUGACGAGCUUCUCAUAUACAGAUACCAUCCUCAUGCUACAACUUUCUCAAUCCAUGAACAGACCAUAUGGGACUUGCGUAUCCAAGAACUUCAGGAGAAGGUGCUGAAAAACUGGGAUACUUUUACUAUCUGGAAUGCUGGGAAGCAAGGACGGAAAUUUUACAGAUCACUGACUAAAGAAAACCAGAGGAAGGUCACUGCUUUCUGUGACGUUGAUGUCAAGAAGGUUGGGUCCUACUACACUUAUGAAGAAACAAAGGAAAAACCAAAACCAAAAGUACCAAUCAUUCAUUUCAGUGAAAGCAAAAGCUCUCUAAUUAUUUGCAUGAAGAUGGAGUUAACUGGAGGACAGUUUGAAGAAAACUUAAGAAGCUUACAUCUAGAAGAGGGAAAAGACUAUCAUCAUUUUAAUUAGCACCCAAGGAGCCAAAAUAUUUGUUGAUAUAUGGGUAUAGCACUAGUAUUAAUCUUGCGAAUCAAAAUGUGCUGUACGUGUCUGCAGUACAAAAUACUACCAGUGGUCUUCAGCCUUAAAGUAUAAAGGAUAUCUGUAUGGUCGUCUGCUGAAGAUUCUCAUGCUAAGUGAAAAUGGCAAAAAAUCUAUACAAAAUGUAAUAAGUGCUAGCAUUAGCCCAGAGUUCUUAUGAAAUGGAAGUAAAAUCUGAGUUAUUUACUAUAUUGAAAGCCUUCAUUUUUCCUCCAUCAAGAAUAAUGUGCAGAGCUUUCCCAAUAUAGUAAGAGUAUACUUAACUCCGUACAAAGAUGGAUAACUUCCCCACACCUCUGGAGGACUCCUCAGAAAGAAGCAAAUCUGGCACCAAAAAAGCAAACAAGUUCUUGCAAGCAGACUUUCAUAGGUCCUAAACAGAAUCUUUCCAAGAUAUGC